AUGCCCACGGAGAUUGGUCCAUUCGACGGGCGUAAAGCACGAAGGAAACGCUGCGAUGCUUGUGUUAAGCGACGAAUCAAAUCGAAUGCUCUGAUGCCCGUUUUUGUCAGCGAGAAGUCGAGUUCUAGGGCCAAAGCCAAGGAACAUGGUACCCCUCAAGAGUAUCAAACGGUCAUGCGUUUGCCGCCGUCGGUAGGGCUGCAGGAGCAAGACCGCGCCAUUCCAUACUUCUUCGUAUCGUUCUUGCCAAUGAACAUUCUGGCCAAUGACGAUUCGAUCAAUUCUGAGCUACAAACGAUGACAAAGACGUCUUCAGCAUUGAGAGAUGCUAUCCAGGCUGUGGGCAUUCUACAUCGUGACCAGCAGGACCAAGUCAGUCUCAACUCUUCUGUCGAGGCGCGUCCUAGGUAUAAAGCUCUACAAGCGUAUGACCGAGCCGUUCGCGCCAUACAAGGUCUGAUCACUUCGAAUACCUUUUUAGACGAUCCAUCGGCUCUCUGGACGACAUUCCUCUUGGGGCUUUUUGAGUUGAUGCGCGACUCCACAGGGACCAACUGGCUAUCGCACUUCUUACAGGGUACCUGCACGAUACUUCGUCUCCAGCAUCCUGAAACCCUUGCCAGUCCAGGAGAAUACAACCUGCGAAAACGAAAGUUUUUCUUCGCAACGCGCAUUUUCGAGAUAGCCCGGGCUCUUAUUUACUCUGAGCCUACCUUCCUCAGCGCACCGGACUGGGUCGCAGCGAUAUCGAAACUGAGAGACUCCGAAGGCGCAGCCGCUUAUCAUCCUAAAGAAGCGUUGUUCGACAUCUUGCCAAUCGUUGCCGAGCUUAGCAUUCGUACAUAUCAAUUCUGCGAGACUAUCGAUGAGUUCUCACUGGAAAUGCAGUGCUUCCUGAUACAGUCGUUGGCGGAUGAAGGUAUGCUCUUGCAGCGAUCGCUACUGCAGUGGUGCGUGGAUGCCGAUAGAUGGCGACGAGACCUACAGGUUGUGACUACUUUCGAUGCCGAACUAUUCAUAGCCUAUAGCUACUACGACGCGAUCAGCAUUUAUCUCUCAGGCACAUACGACUAUCAUUCACAUUGGAGCUGGCCGGGCGCGCCCUGCGCACCGAUACUGCCUCGAAGCCAGAUUGACUGGCACGUCGCCGAAGUCCUUCGCUUGAGCCAAGAACUGCUUGCCUCAGGCGUUUCAGGCGUCCUGUUGUUUUUCCCUUUGCGCGUCGCUGGAGCCAGAGCUAUUGAUAAAGAGUCCAGGAGCACCAUCUUAGAUCUACUGCAUACUACGGCGAGGCGUGGUUUCAUCGUAGCGGAGGCAUUCACUGCUGAUCUUUCCGAUCUGUGGGCGAGCCAAAGUUCGUUCUGUUGA